UUGUCAUCAAUGUGAGACGAAAAAUGGGUGAAAGGUGUUUCAUUCAUUUGUGGGGUGAUUGGGGUGAGUAUCUACCUUGAAGAUGAACCUGAACAAACUUAUUGUUUUGUCAAGAUCGGUCAAACUUGGGAGAAAUGUGUUUGCUGCACGAGGAGCUUGUCUGCAUCACUUUCAGUCGCGACGCUUCAUUAGAUCCAGUGCGAGGAGUUUGGCAUAUGCCAAAGAUCUGUUCCUGGGCAAAGUAAACAAGGCUGAAGUCUUUCCCUACCCAGAAAUCAGUCAUGAAGAAUUAGAGGAAAUAAACCAACUUGUUCAGCCUGUGGAAAAGUUUUUCAAUGAAGAUGUUGAUUCCAUGAAGAUUGACCAUGAGGCUGUAAUUCCUCCUGAGACUUUAAAUGGGCUGAAGGAACUCGGGCUGUUUGGGAUCCAGAUACCUGAAGAAUAUGGCGGUCUGGGCCUCUCAAACACCAUGUAUGCCAGGUUAGGAGAGAUCACGUCUUUAGAUGGGGCUAUUGCAGUCACACUGGCAGCACAUCAAGCCAUUGGUCUGAAGGGUAUACUGAUUGCUGGAAAUGACGAUCAGAAAGCAAAAUACCUCCCCAAACUAGCAACAGGAGAGCAUAUUGCAGCUUUCUGCCUCACUGAACCUGGAAGUGGCAGUGAUGCUGCAUCUAUACAGACACGCGCCACGCUGACAGAAGAUGCCAAGCACUUCUUGCUCAAUGGCACAAAGUUUUGGAUCUCCAAUGGUGGCUGGGCAGACAUCAUGACUGUGUUUGCCAGAACUGAAGUUGUUGACAAAGAUGGUCAAAGGAAAGAUAAGAUCACAGCUUUCAUUGUAGAGAGGGCAUUCGGUGGCGUCACCAGUGGCAAGCCUGAAGACAAACUGGGUAUCAGAGGCUCAAACACCUGUGAGAUCACCUUUGAAGACACCAAGGUGCCAAUUGAGAAUGUCAUUGGUGAAGUUGGUGGUGGUUUUAAGGUCGCCAUGAACAUUCUGAAUAAUGGGCGCUUCAGCAUGGGCAGUGCAGGUGCAGGGCUGAUCAAGAGGCUGAUCGAGUUGACAUCAGAAUAUGCAUGCACAAGAAAACAAUUCAGCAGGAGCCUUUCUGAGUUUGGAAUGAUUCAGGAUAAGUUUGCUACCAUGACCCUGAAUGUGUUUGUGAUGGAGAGCAUGGCUUAUCUCACUGCUGGAAUGAUGGACCGACCUGGAGUCCCAGACUGUUCUCUGGAGGCUGCUAUGGUCAAGGUCUUCAGCUCUGAGGGCAGCUGGAUCUGUGUGAGUGAAGCCCUGCAGGUUUUAGGCGGGCUGGGCUUCACCAAGAACUACCCCUAUGAGCGCUAUCUCAGGGAUUGCCGCAUCCUCCAGAUAUUUGAGGGCACUAAUGAGAUUUUGAGGAUGUACAUCGCACUUACCGGAAUGCAGUAUGCUGGCAAAAUACUAACAGGAAAAAUAAAGGAGAUGAAGAAGGGAAAUGUGGGGGUGGUGUUUGAGAUUCUGGGAAAGAAAUUGAAGGACUCAGUGGUGAGGACGGUGGACUUUGGACUGACCGGCAAAGAUGGCGUUGUGCACCCCAGUCUGACGGAGAGCGCCAGAAUGUUUGAGCAGAACGCUGCACACUUCGGCUCCACUGUGGAAAGCUUACUGUACCGAUAUGGAAAGACAAUUGUUGAGGAGCAGCUUGUGCUGAAGAAAGUUGCAGAUGUAUUAAUUAACCUCUACGCCAUGACAGCCGUCCUGUCCCGCACCAGUCGCUCCAUCAGCAUCGGCCUGCGAAACCAUGACCAUGAGGUGCUGCUCACCAACACUUUCUGCAAGGAUGCUCAUUUCAAGAACAACUUCUUGUUGACUCAGCUUCAAAAAAAUUCCCCAGAGAACAACGAUGCCAACAUAAAGAAGAUCGCCCAGGAGGUCUUAGCUAAGAGGGCGUAUGUCUGCUCACAUCCUCUGGACAGAACCUUCUGAGAUGGCUCUCGUUGUCCGAAAGGUUUCCCACAACCUUGUGUCUCAGUUUAACCCAGCAAAAGUGAGGAACUGCUGCGAUUAUUAAAUUAAAUAUACUUAUGUUUCUCACAAUAUGCAGUCUUGAUUGAGGCUCACUCUCCAAUGUUUUAGCUCUUUUUAUAUCGGUUUUCUAGUGCCA